UAGCAUAUAAAGCUGGCUUAGAGAUUAGUUUCGGAUAGUUUGGGUAGAAAAAAUGAUUAAAAUUAGGAAAUUUCCUGGAAAUUAGGGGAUUGCCAUGAAUAGUCCUAAGGGGAGCUGUGAAAGACAAAGUGAGUUGGCCAGGUGGCGAAAUCUUUUCUGGGAUGAACCUCCUCAUAAGAUGGCCAAGAUGUCACAAAAGAAGCCCAUUCAAGGGCAGCAGGUCGUCAGGGAGAAGGAGCUGCAGACGGAGUCUUCUCGAAACGCGGACUUCGAGCGCUGGAAGCAGCUCCAUCAGCUGCGGUUUUUGAUGUACGAAGAGCAGCGGAAGUACAACCUACGCUGUGGAUCCUCCGGUGGAGCCUCCAUCUGGAAGAUCCUUUCAAUGGCCCAAAAGGAGCUGGAGGAUAAACUGCAACUGGACAAGAUUCGGGGUAACUGCCAAAGGUUUCCCUCACCCAUGAGCCUGAUGGUGGAGCAACGGGAGCAUGGUGGUGGCGAGAAGUCUGUACUAGAACCUCUGAGGUCCUUCCUGUGUGGCUGCCCAGAAACAGACAGCGAUGAGGAAUGCGAUCCGAGGGAAAGUUCCACGAAUGUGAUCUCCAAGGCAAAGGGAAAUCGCAGCAACCGGAAAUCUUACAAACUCUGCGCUAAGGAGUCGCAAAUUAUUGGCUAUUGUCCUCUGUGCGGCAAAAGGCACCUUCGUUUGCCACCGCCCUUCUGACCAGGCUGAAAUAAAUCAAAAGGUCUAGGCCAACUUGAAACCCCUCUCUGACUUAUUUCAAUGAACUGCAUUGCACAGAAAUCGAAUAAAUCAUUUUUCCACUUUGGAAAAUUCAUCAACUUGUAAAAUACAUGAGGAAAUACAUA